CAGAUCGGCAGCUGGCAGCAGGGAUGAGAAGCUGGAGGCAGGGCCCCGAAUGGGUAGGCAGAGAUGGUCGGAAAGUCCUGCGCAUCUGGGUCAGCAAGAUGUCUGUGAAGGAAGGUGCACAGCGCAAGUGGGCAGCGCUGAAGGAGAAGCUGGGGCCUCAGGAGUCAGACCCCACAGAGGCCAACCUGGAGAGCGCGGAGCCUGAGCUGUGCAUCCGGCUGCUGCAGAUACCCUCCGUGGUCAACUACUCGGGCCUGCGCAAGCGCCUGGAGAGCAGCGAUGGCAGCUGGAUGGUGCAGUUCCUGGAGCAGAGCGGCCUGGACCUGCUGUUGGAGGCGCUGGCGCGGCUGUCGGGGCGCGGCGUGGCCCGCAUUGCAGACGCCCUGCUGCAGCUCACCUGCAUCAGCUGUGUGCGUGCCGUCAUGAACUCGCAGCAGGGCAUUGAAUACAUCCUCAGCAACCAGGGCUAUGUGCGCCAGCUCUCCCAGGCCCUGGAUACAUCCAAUGUGAUGGUCAAGAAGCAGGUGUUUGAGCUGCUGGCUGCUCUGUGCAUCUAUUCACCUGAGGGCCACGCCCUAACGCUAGAUGCCCUGGACCAUUACAAGACGGUGUGCAGCCAGCAGUACCGCUUCAGCGUCAUCAUGAAUGAGCUGUCAGACAGCGACAACGUGCCCUAUGUGGUCACUCUACUCAGCGUGAUCAACGCCAUCAUUCUGGGUCCUGAGGAUCUCCGCACUCGUGCCCAGCUGCGGAGCGAGUUCAUCGGGCUACAGCUGCUGGAUAUUCUGACCCGGCUACGAGACCUAGAGGAUGCUGACCUGCUGAUCCAGCUGGAAGCCUUCGAAGAGGCCAAAGCAGAGGAUGAGGAGGAACUGCAGCGUGUUUGCGACGGUAUCAACAUGAACAGCCACCAGGAAGUCUUCGCCUCCCUGUUCCACAAGGUGAGCUGUUCCCCAGCGUCAGCCCAGCUGCUGUCGGUGCUGCAGGGUCUCAUGCAUCUGGAGCCUGCCGGCCGCUCAGGCCAGCUGCUCUGGGAGGCCCUGGAGAACCUGGUGAACCGGGCUGUGCUCCUGGCCAGCGAUGCCCAGGCUUGCACCCUGGAGGAGGUAGUUGAGCGACUGCUGUCCAUCAAAGGGCGGCCCCGACCAAGCCCCCUGGACAAGGCCCACAAGAGUGUCCAGGCCAACCUAGGCCAGAAUCGGGACAGUUCUUCCCGAAACACUACUACUCCCACAGCUAAAGUGGAAGGCCAGCAGCCGGCAGUGGCUUCUACCUGCCAGCAUGUGGGCAGCAGCCAGAGACCCAGUGAUGACGUAGCUCCACAGACAGCCCUCCAACAGGCAGCCUCACCUCUACCUACCCCACCGCUCUCCAGCUCCACCCCUGUGCUCCCUCCACCCCCACCCCCCCUGCCAGGCCAAGGGACCAUAUCUCCCCCAGCACCUCCUCCACCCCCACCAUUGCCACCCCCCUUGCCAGGCUCAAGGACCAUAUCUCCUCUACCCCCACCACCACCUCCCCUACCAGGCUCAGAGGCCGUGUCCCCCCCAGCACCUCCACCACCUCCACCUCUGUCUGACUCCUGGAGGACCCAGCCCCCGCCCCCACCCCCACUCCCUGGCAUGGGUGGUCCACCUCUUCCUCCUCCCCCUCCCCCACUACCUGGAACAGGAGGGAUUCCUCCCCCACCUCCUCCCCUGCCUGGUUUCUCUGUCCCCUCCAUGGUGGGUGGUGUGGAGGAGAUCAUUGUGGCUCAGGUGGACCACGGCCUGGGCUCAGCCUGGGUCCCCAGUCACCGGAGGGUGAAUCCACCCACACUGCGUAUGAAGAAGCUGAACUGGCAGAAGCUGCCGUCCAAUGUGGCACGAGAACGCAACUCCAUGUGGGCAACACUAAGCAGCCCUUGCACAGAGGUGGUGGAACCUGACUUCUCCAGCAUUGAGCAGCUCUUCUCCUUCCCCACGGCUAAGCCCAAGGAGCCCUCUGCUGCCCCCGUCAGGAAGGAACCCAAAGAGGUCACUUUUCUGGACUCCAAAAAGAGCCUGAACCUCAACAUCUUCCUGAAGCAAUUUAAAUGCUCCAAUGAAGAAGUCACUGCAAUGAUCCGGGCUGGAGACACAACCAAGUUUGAUGUAGAGAUUCUCAAACAGCUCCUAAAGCUCCUUCCAGAAAAGCAUGAGAUUGAGAACCUGCGGACGUUCACGGAGGAGCGAGCCAAACUGGCCAGUGCUGACCAGUUCUACAUUCUCCUCUUGGACAUUCCCUGCUACCAGCUGCGGGUGGAGUGCAUGAUGCUGUGUGAGGGCACGUCCAUCGUACUGGACAUGGUGCGGCCCAAGGCCCAGCUGGUGCUCACCGCCUGCAAGAGCCUGCUCACCAGCCAACGGCUGCCUGUCUUCUGCCAGCUGAUCCUCAAGAUUGGGAAUUUCCUCAACUAUGGCAGCCAUACAGGAGAUGCAGACGGUUUCAAGAUUAGCACGUUGCUGAAGCUCACAGAGACCAAGUCCCAGCAGAGUCGCGUGACUCUGCUGCACCAUGUGCUGGAGGAGGUAGAGAAAAGCCACCCAGACCUCCUACAGCUGCCGCGGGACUUGGAGCCGCCCUCUCAAGCUGCAGGAAUCAACCUGGAGAUCAUCCGCUCAGAGGCCAGCACCAACCUGAAGAAGCUUCUGGAAACAGAGCGGAAGGUGUCCGCCUCAAUCCCUGAGGUGAAAAAACAGUAUGCUGAGCGCCUCCAGGCCAGCAUCGAGGCCUCUCAGGCACUAGACAAGGUAUUUGAGGCCAUUGAGCAGAAGAAGCUAGAGCUGGCCGACUACCUGUGUGAAGACGCCCAGCAUCUGUCUCUAGAGGACACGUUCAACACCAUGAAGACUUUCCGAGACCUCUUCACCCGUGCCCUGAAGGAGAACAAGGACCGGAAGGAGCAGAUGGCGAAGGCAGAGAGGAGGAAACAGCAGUUGGCAGAGGAGGAGGCACGGAGGCCGAGGGGCGAGGAUGGGAAGCCUGUCAGGAAGGGGCCUGGGAAACAAGAAGAGGUGUGUGUCAUCGAUGCCCUGCUGGCCGACAUCAGGAAGGGCUUCCAGCUACGGAAGACAGCCCGGGGCCGAGGGGACGCUGAAGCGGGCAGCAGAGUGGCUCCAACAGAGGCCACAGAGCCUGCAACUGCCAGCAACCCUAUACAAGGCACAGACCACCCUAUCUCAGAGCCAAGCUUGGAUACGACAGCAGCCGGCGAGCCACAGGGCUGGGACCUUGUGGACGCUUUAGCCCCCAGCCCCCAGCCCUCCAAGGAGGAAGGUGGCCCCCCAGCCCUGGAGAGGCGUUCUUCCUGGUAUGUGGAUGCCAGUGACUUCCUGGUCCCUGAAGAUACCCCGAAUGCCCAGCCCUCUGAGGGCGUCUGGCCAGUGACUCUGGGAGAUGCUCAGGCCUUGAAGCCCCUCGAGUUCUCUAGCAAUAAACCUCCUGGAAUCGAGAGCUCACAGCAGGAUGCUAUGGAUGCUGAAGCCUUGAGGGGUGUCCACCAAGCCAAGGCUGACAGCGUGAGAGAGGGAGCAGAGGAUACAGCUGAGCGCGGACACAGCACCCACCUCCCCUGCACAGGCCCUGGAGAGGAUGAGGACGAGGACGACACAGCCCCAGAGUCUGCGCUUGACACGUCCUUGGACAGGUCCUUCUCUGAGGAUGCAGUGACAGAUUCCUCAGGGUCUGGCACCCUCCCCAGGGUUCGAGGCCGGGUCUCAAAGGGGACAAGCAAGCGAAGGAAGAAACGUCCCUCAAGAAACCAGGAAGAGUUUGUCCCUGAUUCUGAUGAUAAUAAAACAAAAAGGCUGUGUGUGAUCCAGUGAGGCCUCAGGUCCAGGCCCAAAGCUAAGUGAGUGUCCUGAAUGGCUCAGUACAGCAGCAGAUGCUGGAUUGCUGUGUGGAGAGGCUCUUCGGGGCCAGGCUGGGACUGGGCCCCUGAGAAACCGAAACUCCGUGCCUUACCCAGCCAGGAUCCUUGAAAGCCUUGGCCGUUGAUGCUAGGACCUGACCUGGCAUCACCCUGGACCACCUGCACGCUCAUAGGCUCACAAUCUGCUUUGCAAACCCCUACCCACCCCUACCGCAUGCACCGCAGGGGAGGGAGGGAGAUACAAAUGCCUGCAGUGGGCUGCAACAUCCCCAGCCUGCCUCCGUGGCGCAGUUGAUUUUUAGCUGAGUACUGUCUUCUGCAUCUUUCUUCUGCUGUGGCUGAAUUGGGGAUGGCGAGGGCUCCAGGGAGGCUUGCUGGCAGUGCUGUGGGAAGAUCCUGGCUGGUAGGCCCCAAGGGACAAGAAGAGCUGAAUAAUGAGAGGGGACCAUAACAGCUGCCAUCUCCCUCAGUGUCUGCCCAGUGAGGAGCAGGCUGCCCCUGCUCGGCUCCCCUGUCCCCACUCCAGGUGUGCACUGUUGAGUUUGGAGCCCAGCGGGGAUUUUAACCAAUAAAAAGCAACCUUGUCUGUCA